GAAAAAAAAAAUUCUAGCGCGUGCAGCUGCGUCCAGCCCUGUCUCGCUCAGCCUCCGCAGAGCUGUCCGGUCUUCUGUGGACAAGGCGGUCGAGGCGGAGGCAUCGCAGCCCGGUGAAAGCAGAGGCGAUGGCAGCAGAUGGAGGAUGCGGGGAGACGGUGGAUCAGUACCGCGCGGAGGUGGCGCGGCUGACCCGGGAGCUCGCGGAGGCCAACAGGGAGAAGAUCCGCGCGGCCGAGUGCGGGCUGGUGGUGCUGGAGGAGAACCAGAGCCUAAAGCAGCAGUGCGCAGAGAUGGAGUCCGAGCAGGAGGCGCUCAAACACGAGCUGGAGCAGCUGCAGGAGGCAUUUGGCCAGGCAUACUCUAACCAGCGUAAAGUGGCAGAGCAUGGUGAGACGAAUGAGGAGACACUGCUGCAGGAAUCUGCCUCUAAAGAAGCGUACUACAUGAACCGUCUGCUGGAGCUGCAGACAGAGCUCAAACUGAGCCGCUCUGUGGCCUCUAAUGCGCAAGCUGAGAGCGAACGCCUCAAUGCACUGCUACAGGAACUAAAAGAGAGUAAUGAAAUGCUGGAGCUGCAGAAGGGCAGGAUGAGAGAGGAGAUAAAGGAGUAUAAGUUCAGAGAGGCCAGACUACUGCAGGACUACACCGAGCUAGAGGAAGAGAACAUCACCCUGCAAAAGCUUGUGUCUACACUGAAGCAGAAUCAGGUGGAGUAUGAGGGUUUGAAGCAUGAGAUCAAAGUCCUGGAGGAAGAAACGGUUCUGCUGAACAGCCAACUGGAGGAUGCAUUGCGUUUAAAGGACAUCUCUGAGGGCCAGUUAGAGGAGGCACUGGAUGCUCUGAAGAGUGAGAGAGAGCAGAAGAACAACCUGAGGAAAGAGCUAACCCACCAUCUCAGCCUGAGUGACUGUGUGUACGGAGCCAGCACACACAUAGCCAUCUCAGCUGUGGAAGGAUUCAAGUUUGCAGAGGAAGCUUCCAUUAAUGGCACCUCACCCUCGGGUUCCAGUCUCAGUAACGAGGACAGUAAUCGGUGUAAUGGCUGUAAUGGUCAUGGGCCAAAGAUGAAUGGUGACUACCACCGGCCUGGAGGGAGAAAGGGAGAGGUGCUGCACCCAGUGUCUGAUCUGUUCAGUGAACUCAACCUGUCUGAGAUACAGAAACUCAAACAGCAACUCUUACAGGUUGAGCGAGAAAAGGCAACCCUACUGACUAACCUCCAGGAGUCUCAGACACAGCUGCAGCACACACAAGGUGCUCUAACUGAGCAGCACAAGCGUGUGAACCGCCUUACGGAGCGCGUCAAUGCUAUGAAACGUCUCUGUAGUGACAAGGAGUUUGAUUCCGAGGAGACAGAGAAAGGGGACCCACCUACAAAUGGCUGCCAUGAGCACGAAGUGGAAAUCAAUGGCAUUGAGAUCCUCGAGUGUAAGUAUAAGGUAGCCGUAACAGAGGUCAUUGACCUGAAAGCUGAGCUGAAGGCCUUGAAAGAGAAGUAUAACCAGUCUGUGGAGAGCCAGUCAGAAGAGCGCAGCCACAGUGAGGGCAAGCUACAGGCUCUCAAUGAGCAUGUGACAUCGUUGGAGAGGGAGUGCCGUGAGAGUCGUGAGCGAAUCAGCAGCUUGGAGGCAGAGCUUCGGUGCACAACAUCGAUGGCAACCGAAAGUCAAGGUAUGCUAAACGCUGCUCAGGAUGAGCUGGUUACAUUUAGUGAAGAGCUGGCACAGCUGUACCAUCACGUCUGCCUGUGCAACAAUGAGACACCCAACCGUGUCAUGCUGGACUAUUAUCGCCAGAGCCGUGUUACACGCAGUGGCAGUCUUAAAGGUGCCGAUGAUCCCCGGGCCUUGCUGUCACCCCGUCUCGCCCGCCGCCUGGCUGCUGCCAACUCCUCAGACCCUUGUAAGAGUCCCCAGGACUCACCCCUAAAGGAGCCCUCUGGGGAAGGUGGUAAAGGGGAGACAAUGAGCCAGCAAAGCCCCACAAGAACCCCCUUUGGUUCCCCAGUUAACAGUGCCUCACCAUUUAUCUCACCUGUCCCAGAGGCAAGCGGAGAUCUCCGCAAGGAACCCAUGAACAUUUAUAACCUGAAUGCCAUUAUUCGGGACCAGAUCAAGCACUUGCAAAAGGCUGUGGACCGCUCGCUGCAGCUGUCCAGACAGAGGGCAGCCGCUCGGGAGUUAGCACCCAUCUUCGACAAGGACAAAGAGUCCUGUAUGGAGGAGAUUCUGAAGCUCAAGUCCCUCUUGAGCACCAAGAGAGAACAGAUAGCCACCCUGCGUCUCGUCCUUAAGGCCAACAAACAGACUGCAGAGGUAGCCUUGGCUAAUCUGAAGAGUAAGUAUGAGAAUGAAAAGUCUAUGGUGACCGAGACAAUGAUGAAGCUGAGGAAUGAGCUAAAGGCCUUGAAAGAGGAUGCAGCCACCUUCUCUUCCCUGAGGGCGAUGUUUGCCACCAGGUGUGAUGAGUAUGUCACUCAGCUGGAUGAGAUGCAGAGGCAAUUGGCAGCCGCUGAGGAUGAGAAAAAGACUCUGAACUCGCUACUCCGCAUGGCCAUCCAGCAGAAACUGGCCCUCACACAGCGUCUGGAGGACCUGGAGUUUGACCACGAGCAGUCACACCGUGGCCGUGGAGGAAAGGUUCCCAAAAUAAAGAGCAGCCCUCCAAAAUCUCUUGUAGAUUGUCAGCAGCCUGCUGCCUCAGUACCGCCACUCUCCCCACAAAUGAGGCGCAGCAGAGUGUCCACAGGCCGCAGUCCUAAUAUUGUGAUACCUUUUCAAGAGGACCAGCUACAAGAAGCCAGCCCCCACAUCCCCUGCGACCUUUUCAACUGUCUGGCACAUCAAUCUUAUCUACCUGGUCCCUAGCCCUACCGCCAUUAUCCAUGGCUCGUCCCACUCAGACAAGAACAAAGACAAACCAGGGGAUAUAUCUGUCAAUCUAAUGCCCAUCCAAUCAGGUGCUCCUCUUUCUGUGUGACCUCAGAAGGACCCACCCUGUUUUGACUCUUUGGGGGGCCUGGACUAGGCUGCACUAUUUUAUUAUCCUAAUGAAACUCCCGAUGAAAAGAGAGCGACAUACUGCAUAUAAUUGCCUGGAAUAAAAUAUUUAUCAGUUAUUUAUUUAUCUAUUUAUUUACUUGUUUCCUGUCUUAUUUAUUUGCUAAAUCUUUGUGCGGAAUCUUUUGUUGUUUGAUAUUACUUUUCAUUGGAAACUUAAAGGUGCAGCUUUGCUGUAGAUGUUACAUUUGCCUUUUUAGAACUUAAUAAACUCAGUAAUCAAAAUAUUGGUUUUUAUUCAAAACAUUUAAAAAAAGGGUAAAAGCCACUACAAGGUUUGUUGUAAUGUUUUGAUAUUAUUUGCCUGAAAUCUUGACGUUUGCUUUAAAAACUGACUUUAAAUUCCAAAAAGCUGCACUGCAAUUAGAUUGUAACAGGCCAGGAGUGUGUUACAGAAAAAGAGUGGUCAUGAAAACAUCAUUGCUCAUGCAGUGGUCAGAAAUGAUCUAUUAAAAAGUGGUUUUGACUUAGAAAACAAGCCGAACGACCUGAUUGUUAAGUAGACCAGGACGACUGAGCUCAAAGUAAUAGCUGACUGUAAUUCUUAACGUGUGUGAAAAUAUCUCUGUAUGUCUUUCUCUGCAGUGGCUGAGUGACAUUUGGUUUUGACCUUUUAAGUGUGAAACCUUCAGCGGUGAUGUUUGCAUAACAGUGAUAAUAUUGUUGAGUUUGGUUUAUUUGAAUCUAACGUGGCUGUAUAAGGAGUGUAUGUUAUUUUUUAUAUUCAUUUUGCUAUGCAUCCAUACAACAUAAAGACAGUAUUUUAUACUUGAGUUCUCAUUUUUAAUUUACUGUUGCAGUGGUGUCAGGUAGGAAUCUGAGGGCUAAUGUAAUUUUGGAACAGCUGUAGGGCAGAUAGUGGCUGCUGGCCAGAGUAGGGCGUGAUCCUACUGUACUGGUGCACUGAGUUUUCUACAUCUGCAUCUGCUGAUGUCACCCCAUGAAACAAAGCUUUUGCAUCAAGUCUUCACCAUAAGGUUUUUAUUCUACCCCCCCCCCCCUCCUUUUUCUCUCUCUCCACCUUGAAUUAAGCACAAACACAUUAAUUUGUACCCCUUUCAGUCAUAACAUUAAAACCACCUCCUUGUUUCUGACCUCAUUAUCCAUUUUACCAGCUCCACUUACCAUAUAGGAGCACUGUGUAGUUCUACAAUAACAGACUGUAGUCCAUCUCUUUCUCUGAUACUUUGUAAGUCCCCUUUUACCCUGUUCUUCAAUGGUCAGGAACCCCACAGUCCAAGUAUUACAUGGGUGGUUGAUCAUUCUCAGCACUGCAGUGUCACUGAUGUGGUGGUGUGUUAGUGUGUGUUGUGCUGGUAUGUAGCUUUUAAACACUCACUGCUGGACUGAGAAUAGUCCACCAACUACAAAUAUCCUGUGACCACUGAUGAAGGACUAGAGGAUGACCAGCACAAACUGGGCAGCUGCUAUUAUCUUUGACUUUACACCCAACAAGAUCAACAAAGUAUGUGUGUUUUAUAAAGCUGACAGUAAAUGGACAGUGUUUAAAACUCCAGCAGCACUGCUGUGUCUGAUCUAAUAUUGCCUGUGCAACACACACUAACACAAUACCACCAUGUUAGUGUCACUGCAGUACUCUGUAGGGGUCCUGUCCAUUGAAGAACAGGAUAAAAGGGGGCUUACAAAGUAUGCAGAGAAAAGGACUACAGUCUGCAGUUUGAGAACUACAAACUGCUCCUGUAUGGUAAGUGAGGCUGACAAAAUGUACAAUAAGUGUAGAAACAAGGAGGUGCUUUUAAUGUUAUGGCGGGUCAGUAUAUUCUCUAAUAAUAUAUUUUUUUUCCUGGCCUUAUUAUAUUGUUAAAAAUACCAGCAGGACCACUGCAGCUACUUCUGCACAAGACGCUAAAAUGAGUCUAUGAGAAAAGUGUUGAACUGCUGAACUUCUGUGUCUGUUGUGGAAGUGGAACAAUGUUUCUCUAAUGACGCUCACAAAAGAGGUCAUAGGAUCAAUGGUCUUAUUCAGACACUUCUUUCAGUCUUACUGGUACUUUUGGUACCAAAUCUCCCUGUUUACAUGGAAGGCUUUUUUGAUCGUUCUCUAUGAGUUGAUUGUCUUCCGCUUGAAAUUUUGUGCUUGGUUGAUGUGCAUCUGAAGGGAAUUGAAGUGAUAUGCACUGAAUAGGACAAUCACCCUCCUUGUUACUGGUGAAAGCAUAGUUGUGACGACAAGAUAUAAUGAUUUGAUUUUUCCUUUGUUUGUGUAUGUACUCACUUAUCAGUCAUGUCACAGUUUAUGUCUUUGUUCAUGAAAUAAAAUCGGAACUCAAGAUUCA